AUGCAUUCAUCUUCAUCUACUUCUCCAACACUAGAUCUCACUCCAAAUAGCUCUUCGAGUCAAAAUCAACAUCAACCUAUUCGAUCUCUUAAACACUCUCUUGAUCAUCAAGAUCAAUUGCAUCCUUCAUCCUUAUCGCUCUCAGCCGUCACUUUAUCUAAAGAUCAACCACCUAUUAAAAAAAAGCAAAAAUUGAUCCCAAAACCAGCUCUCGAACAACCAACAGAGAAACAUUCGAGUGUUUCAUCAAUUCCCAAAGAAAAGGAAAAAUCGAAAACCGAAAUUGCAUUCGUGGAUCUUAUGAGUGAAGAAGAAUCACUAGAUCUAAAUGGAAACCUUCUAUGUCAUUUGAAAUAUGAAACACAAAGAAAGACUUGCUUAGGUUUACCAGCUAGAUUAUCAAAGUAUAAAUGUUCAUCAUGUGUACAAAAAAAAGGGGGAUCUAUUUGUGCAUUCUUAAAUAUUAGAUCAUGGAUACAUUCAAAAGCGACAAAUGAAAUUCUUGGAGGACCAGUUUUUGAAGCGGAAAAUCAUACGGCAUCACAAAUUAGUUAUCGUUGUGCAAAAUUUCCUACUCAAUUUGAUCAAAUUCCUAGUAUAAAUCAAGUGGUUGAAUUGAGAAAAAUGGUGGGAAAAUCAUUAAAAACAGUUUUGGAAAGAGAAUUAAAUGAAUUUCAAAAUGAUGAUGGGCAAAGUGUGAAAUUUAUCGGAAGAAGGAUUGAUGUUUCGACUCGAUGCGAUUAUUGCUCAGCCACUUUGAUUGGAGUGGCGUGGAUGUGUGAAAGGUGUGGGCAUUUCAGUUGUAUAGAUUGUUUUGAUAUUUUGAAAUCGGUUUGUGAAGAUCAAUGUAAUGAACAAGAAGAUGCACGUAAACAAGAAGUAGUAGUAGAAGAUUAUAAUGAUAGGAAGCAAAAUGUUGUUAAGUUUCAUUCGAAAUGGAUUAAACGGCUCAGAUGUUGUGUGAAAUCGUUUGGAUCCACACACAAUCCUUCUCAUCAUAUAAAAAUCUCGCAUCUAACCGAAGGAGAAAUCUUAAAUUAUUUACAUGAAAUUGAUCAAACAUUUCAAUUAGAUUCAAGUACUACUACUCCUCCACCCACACCGUUUCCUCUCGAUACUUUCUUAUAUCAACCACCUGAUUCUGAGAGUGAUCCUUAUUAUAAAUUAGAUGUCGAUAUAAUUGAAACUCAUCGUGAGAUAUUCGAUCAAAUUUGGUCCUCUGGGAUCGCUUUGGUCGUCACAGGUAUGAAAAAUCGAAUGAAAAAGGAUUGGGUUCCUGAUUAUCUUCAAACAACAUACGGAGAAGAACAGUGUGAAAUGUUAGAUAGUAAUUUACCUCAUCGGGAUCCUGUCAAGACGAAAGUAGGAGACUUCUUUGAAAAGUUUGAAGACAUGAAUUCUCAAGACACAACCGUUUGGAAACUACGGGAUUGGCCACCUGAAGCAGAUUUUAAAAUCAGGUUUCCGGAGUUAUUUGAGGAUUUUCAAAGAGCCCUACCAAUCAGUGAACUUACCAAUCGAAAUGGAUUUAAAAAUUUAGCGGCCCACUUUCCUAAGAAUGCGAAUGUUCCUGAUAUUGGACCAAAGAAAUAUGGAUCAACUGCGCUUCAUAUGGAUGUAGCAGGUUUAGUUAUGAACACUUUAAUAUUAUUGAUUUUGGACCUCACAAAGAUUAUAAUUCAAUAUAUUCAAAUUUUCUUUGUAGAUGCGAUUAAUGUACAAACUUAUGCGAAACCCAACCAAGAAGGUUCGGAAGGAUGUGCUUUAUGGCAUUUGUAUCAUGCGAAUGAUACAGAGAAACUGCGUGAAUUUCUGUAUGAUCAUAAUGCUAAGAUAUUGGGGAUCUCAAUUGAAGAAGUCAAGAGUAAAUAUGAUGAUCCAAUUCAUACAACAAGAACCUAUCUUGAUGUUGAAAUGAGAAAAAAACUAUGGGAAGAGUAUGGAGUGAAAGGCUAUGAGAUUAGACAGGAACCUGGAGAAGCAGUAUUUGUUCCUGCUUAUACUGCACAUCAAGUUUGUAAUCUAGCAAACUGCAUCAAAGUGGCUGCGGAUUUUGUUUCACCGAUUUCAAUUGAAAGAUGCAUGAAACUGAAAGAUGAGUUUAGACAACAAUUACAUGAGAAUCAAAAGCCUUGGAAAGAAGAUCUUUUACAAAUCAAUCAAAUGUUACUUUAG